UGGGCUCUGCACAGAUUUACCACCGGUGCCGUCGCGCCGGAACUAUGAACCCAAACCUUUCUUCUUUCUCGCACCAGAAAAAUGCAGGCUGUGUCGUCUCCUCCAUCCCCUUCUUAUCUUUGUUUACACCUUCCUCACCAUCCGCUCAGCGCACCUUUCUUCUCCGUUCGUCUUCUUCCCUCGAGUAGACGAAGAAGCAAUUUCGAUAAAUCUGGAUGCUCUACACUCAUUUGCGGACUCACAAGGGCGAAGCAGUCUCCUCCUCCGCCGACUCCUGCCUCGCUGGUUCGCGAACCGCACAAAUACUUUGAUCAGGUCAUCAUCACAGUUCGUUCCGGAGAUGGCGGCCACGGCGCGAUUCUCAGUAUGGCGAGCCAGAGAGCUGCUCCCAAGUCCGAAGGAAGGCAACGCAAGGAGAAGGCGAAGAAGAAAAGUACGUACAAGAGGGACUCCGAUGGGUCCCUUAUCCUUCCUAUGGGCGGACAUGGGGGAGACGUCGUGAUUUAUGCGGAUGAGGCCAAAGAAUCGUUGUUGGAGUUUCACAAGAAGAGUAGGUACAACGCGAAGCGCGGAGGGAAUGUGGACGCGAUGGGCGUUUUAACAUCGCAGUUGCACGACGGACUGGCUGCCCCCACAUUGCGCGUUCCUGUGCCUAUAGGUACAGUUGUAAAGCAUAAACGAGGGAAACUUUUGGCAGACUUGGCACUUCCAGGCGAUGAAAUUCUUGUUGCAAGGGGUGGUCGAGGAGGGAUUAGCUUGUUAGAAAUGCCAGAAUAUAGAAGGAGAAAAAUGAUGGCUCUGACUACAAAUGUCAUGAGAGAUGAUAGUGACAAGGUUUUAGUACUUGGUCAGCCUGGGGAGGAGGUUAGUUUGGAGUUGAUACUACGAGUAGUUGCUGAUGUUGGACUUGUUGGGCUUCCAAAUGCUGGAAAAUCGACACUUUUGGCUGCCAUUACACUUGCUAAACCUGAUAUUGCUGAUUAUCCCUUUACAACAUUAAUGCCAAACCUUGGAAGGCUUGAUGGUGACCCUAGUCUAGGGGCAGGGAAGUAUUCAUCUGAAGCAACGUUAGCUGAUUUGCCUGGUCUUAUUGAAGGUGCUCACUUGGGGAAGGGUCUUGGCCGCAAUUUUUUGAGGCACCUGAGGAGGACUCGGCUAUUGGUCCAUGUUGUUGAUGCAGCUGCUGAAGACCCCAUGAAUGACUACAGAACCGUAAAAGAAGAACUGCGGAUGUACAAUCCUGACUACCUUGUGCGUCCUUAUAUCGUGGUUUUAAAUAAGAUUGACCUUCCUGUGGCAAGAGACCGGCUUCCAUCAUUGACUGAAGAAAUAUUGAGAAUUGGAAUUGAUGAAGUACCAUCUCAGCCAGGAAUGAGCUCUGAAGAUGCAGAUCAAACAUUGUCCACAGAGAGUGAACGUGCAAAUAUCAUUUCUUCAGAGAUUUCCAAUAAAGACAAUAAAAUUAAGGAAAUUGAGGACUACCCACGUCCCCUUGCAGUUGUGGGUGCUAGUGUUUUGAAAGGCAUUCGGAUAAAUGAGAUGCUGAAGGAGGUAAGGGCAGCCCUAAGGAAGUGCCGAGAUUUCAAUGAAGCAUUAGUACCAAGUACCAGACCAUGAUUCCGUGUUGAUAAUUUGUGAAUGUCUCGAAUUAGUCAAGUUUUUGGCUUGGCCAUGGGGAAUCUGGGUUCAAUUGCAUAAGCUACGGUCCUGGGUCAGCUUCUCUGCCACUCCAAAUCUGCCGGACUGCUGAAUUGCAACAAACAGGCUGGAAGUUUAAUCAUGUGCUGGAAUUGGUGUACAAUAUAUCCGGUGCUAACCAUCUUCUUAACCUAGCUCCCUGUACUGAUGUUGUCUUGGGAUUGGCCCUUAAAUAUCAAUGAAUUCUCGGCUUCUCAAUUA